UUUAUUCUCCUCAGGCACCUCUCCUUGAGUGUCCUCUGCAGUUCAGAUUUUCUAAGACAGAACAUGACCAAUCUUACGGCAGUGUCUGUAUUCAUCCUCCGGGGCUUCUCAGUUGUUCCUGAAUUACAGCUGCUCAGUGUGGUUGCCCUCCUUCUUCUUUAUCUGGUUGCAGUUCUGGGGAACAUCUCCAUCAUGGCUGCUGUGACACUCAAUACGCGCCUGCACACGCCUAUGUACUUCUUCCUCAAACACCUCUCCCUGGUGGAUAUCUGCUCCACAUCCACCACCCUGCCCCGGGCCCUGGUGGCCACUGCACUGGGCUUCGGGGAGAUUUCCCUCCCUGCAUGUGCAUUCCAACUCUUUGCCUUUGUCUGCUUCGGGUCCACUGAGUGUUUCCUUAUCACCUCCAUGGCUUAUGAUCGCUGUCUGGCCAUUUACAGGCCCCUGGCGUAUAGGGAAUCCAUGAGUCCCCAGACCUGUGUCUCCCUGGUGGCAGUGGCUUGGGGCAGUGGGCUCCUUUUCUCUGCCUUCCACACAGCCAACACAUUUUCCCUGCCUUUCUGUGGCCCCAACACGAUUGAACACUUCUUCUGUGACAUCCCCCCUCUCAUGCACCUCGCCUGUGCCAAGGUAGAUGCCCAUGAAGCUGCCAGUUUUGCAGCCAGCAGUUGCAUCAUCAUGAGCUGCUUUGCCCUCACUGUCAUCUCCUAUGUCCGUGUUUUGGUGACGGUGGUUCAGAUCCAUUCAGUGACUGGCCGCCGGAAAGCUUUCUCUACAUGUUCUUCCCACUUGGUCACUGUGCUCUUGUUUUAUGGCACUGGCAGCUCCGCGUACAUGCAGCCAACCACCCAUUACUCCCCAGUGCAUGGGCGUGUGGCUGCCUUCUUCUACUCUAUCCUUACACCCACCUUGAAUCCACUCAUCUACAGCCUAAGGAACAAAGACAUGAAGGGUGCCCUGCGGAAGCUCUAUCUUUAGGUGCCGUCUUACGAUCUGGCAUCUGGACACAGGAAGGACCAGAAAUCUA